UCUUUUUCUAAGAGAAGAAAUCAAAGAAAGGUAUUGUUAUACAGCAAGAAUAUUGAACGAUAUUCUUUCGUAUUCGUAUAUACAUUUAUAUUUUACUAUUUCAAGUUUAUUAUUUUAGGAAUGAGCGAAGAAAAUUAAUUGAAUGCUGAUAAAAACUAAAACAAAAAUAAUCUUGAGAAAAUAAUAAAGUUAGAUAAAAAGAAUGGGAAUUUUGAUAUUUAUGAUAAAUACUCCAAGUAAGAAGAAUAUUCAUAAUAAUUAGACGAAAGCUAAAGAUUAGGACAUCAUAGAACAAUUCCUACAUAAAUAGUUCAUAUUAGAAUGAAUACAUAUUAUGUUAUUUUUGGAGACAUAUAAACUAAGUGUACUUCAAAAAAGUGGAUGAACCCGAAUAAGAGCGUCUUGAAUACUUAAAAGCAAUGAAUGAUGAUGCUAUUGUUACGGAAUUUCCUGUGAAAUAUACAGAUUAUAAGUUUUAUUAAGCAAGAUAAAUCUUAAAUAAAUAACAGAUUUAAUCAGAAAAUAAAACUUAUUGGGAGAAUAUAUAAAAGCAUAUCAAGUUGAGUGGUCUAAUUCAUAAAGCAAAAGCUUUAAAAAUACCUUAGAUUGAGAAAAUUUAUUACAUGAAACAAAAAUCAAUGGUUAAAUUUAAAUAAAAAAAUAUCAGGUAUAAAUGUAGAUAUAUAAUAAAAGUGCAUUAAUUUAAGAAAAUGCUUAAUUGGAUAAAUUGUUGGAUAAGUUGAAUGAACAGAUUGAGUUGAGAACAGGAUAAAAAGAUGAAAUAUUUCAACAAUUAUAAGAGUAUUCUAAUGAAUUGUAAUAAUUAAAUAAAUCAAAUAAAAAAGAUCUCUAAAAUUUAAAUUAAAAAAUAAAAAGCGAGUAACCUUUAAAUGUCUUUGGAACUUAAGUGCAUAUAUAUAAAUAAGGCAAAGGCAAUAAUGGUUUAAGCAAGAAUUAAAUAAUAUAUAAUAAUGAAGCAUUAUUGACAUAUCUAAGAAAGAGUCUAGAACAACUAGACUAUAGAUAGACAGCAGAAUCAAUAGUGAAAGUUAUAAAUACCAUACAUUCUCCAAAUGGUUAUUAAUUCUGUGUGGCAUUCGAAUCAGCUUUAAAUUCAACUUAUGUAAAUAUAGAUGAGGAUUUAAUGUACGAAUUGGAUAAACUCAGAGAUACUUCUUUAUUUAAAUUUUAUAAUAUCCCUCAAAAAACUAAAUAUUCUCAUAUAGCUUAAAAUGUAUAUCAUAAUAUAAUUAAUUAAGUUUAUUGGCAUAAAUUAAGUUCAAUAAAAUAGAUAAAAGCCAAACCCAUUAAUUAAUAAAAAUCUAACAAAGGAAUCUAAAGUGGCUUAAUCAAGUGAUAGUGAUUCAUUUUUGUUAAGAUAUGAAGCCUGUCAUCAUUGUAAAAUGUUAUUUAGAGAGGAAUAUCUUAUCUCUUGUAAUUAUCGAAGUGGAACUAUGGGUCUUCCAAUAAUAAAUUCAUCAAUAACAGAUUCAUAUUUAUUUGCUCAAAGUAAUAAAUUAUUAAAAUACUUAGUGGAUGAUGAAGGCAUUAAAAGUCGAAGAUAAGUUCCAAAUAGAAAAAAAACGGCAUACAGUAUUUAUUCAAAGAAGAGUAUAAAUCAAUUAUAAAUUUAGAUGGAGAGUUGAUAUGUUAAAGAAAGUUUUGUAGAAUGUGUUUAAAAUAAAAUUAUGAUAUUAAAAUAGAUGAAGUAUCUUAAAAGACUGAUUGGGUUUGUCCUUUUUGUUAGGUACUUUUUAUAUUGAAAUUAGGCUAUUUGUUUUUGUUCAAGAUGUCAAAGAAACGAUAUCAUGAUAAAAUUAAAGGAUUUAUAUACUAUUUGUGGAGGUGAUUUAGAAUAGUUAACAAAGGAUUCUAUUUUUGAAAAAUAUGUACGUCCAUUAAGUGAUGAUUAAUUGUAUAGGAAGAAACCUAGUUAACUUCAGGUAUUUAUUUUUUAAUAAAAUAAAGAGAACUGGUUACACUUUUGUUAAAUAACAGCUUAAUAGUUUCAAAGAUAUGCAAACAAUAAGAUUAGAUUUUGAAAAUCUGAGAUUGUUGUGUUCUUAAAUUAUGAGGAGAGAAAAAAUGAAAUGGAAAAUAUUAGAAUAAGAUAUUCUAAUAUGGAAUCAUGAAGUUAAGUAGUUUAAGUUAUAAAAAUAAUAAGUUCCUAAAAUAGUUCAAAAAAAACAAAAGGAGCAGUAGAAGUUAAAGAAAGUUACAAGGAAGGAUCAAAAGUAUUUUUUUUAAAUUGAUUUAUUUUAGAUUUGAUAAUGAAUUACAAGAAUAGUUUUCUUCUUCUUCUUUGUCAUCUAGUAGUAGUGAAUAUUUAUAAAGUAGUGAUUAUGAAUCUGAAGAGAAUGAUAAGAAUAAUAAGAAUGAUACUAAUAAUAUUAUUAAUAAUAAUAAUAAUAACAACAAUAAUAAUAAUAAUAAUAAUAACAAUAAUAAUAAUAAUAAUAAUAAUAAUAAUAAUAAUAAUAAUAAUCAUAAUAAUAACAAAUAAAUAAAUGAAAAGAUUAAUGCAAUAAGUUAAAAAAUGAAAUAAUAAAACAGUAAGCAAAUCUGUAAUGACAAAUAAUAAUCAUUUAAUAAGAUAUUAUAAAAUUAUAAGUCAUUUCCUGCAAAAAAUGUUAAGAGAGAAGUUGCGUAUUUAUUGUAAUAUCAAGACAGUGAUACUUACAGUCUAAUUGUAAAAAAAAUCAAAUUAGAUUAAUCAAUUAACUCCAUUAAGAGAUGA